AUGAUAAUAACCUAUGAUAUGUAUCAUUUCGAAACAUUGCCUCCAAAUGCUAAAAAUUAAAUGUUAACUGCUACAUGCGAAAAAGCCGUAUAAAUUGCAAUUGAAUAUUUUUCUCAUUUAAUAAAAAUAAUCCCAAGAACUAAAUCAGAAAUGAAAUAUUAAGAUGGUGAAUGUGGAGAUGUUGAAGUUCCUACUAGAGACAUGAUGAUAGGAAAAAAUUCUGAUUUAAAUUUAUAUGUAUAAUAUAACAUGGAUGAAGAUGAAGAUUAUUAUGCUUAUUCAUUUACGGGAGUUGAUAGUUUAUUGCUCAGAACUCCUAACGUUUUGAAGUUUGCUUAAUAAUAUUUUGGAUGUCCUACAUUAGAAGGUAUGCCUCUUUAAAAUUCAGGAGGUGAAGAUUCUGAAAAUUCUCACUGGGAAAACACAAUUUUACAAAGCGAAUACAUGAAUACAUCUAUAUCAUUGACUUAGGCCUAUUUCAGUGGUUUUACAGCCAAUCUUUUAAGGGACACAGGUUUCUAUGCUGAAAUAGACUCAUCUAUGGAAGAAUAAAUUUUUUAUGGAAAAGGUAAAGGCUGUGAACACGUUAUGGGUAAAUGUAGAACUUCAACAAGAGAAUAUUGUAAUCCUAAAACAGACUAGGGUUUAUGCGAUUUUUACCACCAUGGUUCUUCUAAAUGUACAGUUAGUGUAUUUAAUGAUGCUAAUUGUAAUAAUUUAUUAAAUAAUACUAAAUUAAAAUGCUGGGAUGUUAAUAGUGAAUAGAAUAAAAAAGAUAUUUUAGAAGAUCAUGGAACCAAAUUUGGGAUUGAUUCGAGAUGUUUUAAUGGAAAUUUAUUAACUAAUAAAAAAAAAUAUGUUGAAAAAAUUAUGGGUACUUGCUAUAAACAUGAAUGUAGUUCUAAUGGAUAAUAACUCACUAUUUAUGUAGGAUAAGAAAAACUUAUUUGUAGAUAAAAUUUAGAGAAAAAAACAGUAAAAAAUUAUAAUGGAUAUAUUUUAUGUCCGGAAAGCAUACAAGAAUUUUGCGGGUUUAAAAAAAUAUGCCCGAAUUUUUGUAGUACAAACGGAUAUUGCUUGAAAAAUAAAUGUCACUGUAAAAAAGGAUUUUUUGGAGAAGAUUGCUCUAGUAAUAAACCUGUUUGA